UAAGCAAAGCAACGAAAGGUCUUUUGUUGCUGUUUGUCAAAUCCCUCGUCUUUUGAACAAAAAUGAAGAAGCAUUGCAGCAAAAGAAAAAGGAAACCGGAAUCCGAUGACAUUAGCGACGACGCCGCUUUCGCUGUCGUACUGGCAGCCCUGUCGUCUCCAAACCCCAACUCCCUCCGACCCUUAAUCAAGAAAUGCCUGAACAAACUCCGAAACUCCCUCACCAAUCCCAUCCUCUCUCUUCUCCCAGCUCUCCUCACUUUCAAGUCCCCCACCAUAGCUUCCCGUGCCGCCGAGAUGGUGGGGUCCGCCGCCCUCGAGUCCUUGGACAUGAACCAGAGGAUUUCUUCCGAUGCUGGCAUCAUCAAUGGCUUGCUAGCCGCAUUGGGUAGCUCCAAAACCAGACUUCCAGCGGCUGCCUGCCAUGCCCUUUUGGAUUUGUGCACUACUUCGGUCGGACGACGUCGUUUUGCUCAUUCAUCUGCACUUCCCAGGCUUCUUUUUGGGUUUCUUCAGGUUCAUAAGUCUUCAAUGAUUUCAGUGUCUUUGUUCUCUGUCUCUGUGGAUAGUGAAGGUAUUACCUCUCUGAAUAUUGGGUUUGAGGAAGAUGAACUUCCAGUUCUACUUCUUAACGCUGCAAUCAUUCUCAUCAACACCUGUAAUAUUGAACAAUUGGAGAACAUCCCAACAAACCUCUCCCAAGCGUUCUUUGCCUUUAUGAGAAAUCUGUGGGCAAAAGUGCGUAAUGAGAUGUUACAAAAAAACCCAUUGGAGUCCACACAAGGGGAAAACUUGUACAUUAGCAACAUUAGAAUAAGUCAUAUGGCUGAAAGCCUGUUUAGGCUUUCCAUUUGUGCUUCUCACCGUACCAAGCCUUUGCCCUUUCAUGCGGUUGAAAGGGGUAUAUUUGGUUUCUCUGAGUCUGGUUUUAAAGAUUUCAUGUCGAACCACUGGGAGGUGUCACCCUUUCUUGUGCGACGGGGGCUGUCAGAAGGGGAUUUAGUUGAGGAGGAUGAUAUUUUUGGUCCAUUUGUAGGAUUGCUAAACUCAACAGGAAAAUUUCCUUCCUUUCUUUCUUCUAUGCUUCCGAAGAUGGUUUCUUGUCUUCCUAUUUCUUCAGAUGAAUUGAACAUCCUUACUUUCCUGGAAGAGGUGAAAAUUAAAUUGGGUUGUCCUCUAAUCUGCCAGCAGGACGUUCGGGUUCUAAGAACAGACAGCCACCUGAAGAGGGAGGUGCAUUUCUUUCAGGAGAAUUUGAACUCUUGCUGCAUAAAAGAUCCCCAUUACUUUACUAUUGAGGAAGUUUUAAAAUGCCAAGAAGCAUACAAAGAGGGUUAUACAAUUGCACUCCGUGGAAUGGAGUUUCGCUUUGAGAAUCUUGCUGCCAUUGCAAAUGAAUUAGCAUCUCUCUUUGGUCAGCCAUCAGUUGGUGUCAAUAUGUACUUGACACCACCUAAUUCCCAAGGUUUGGCUCGUCAUUACGAUGACCAUUGUGUGUUUGUAUGCCAACUUGUUGGGACUAAGCAAUGGAGACUUUUUCCUCAAUCAAAUGUGCAGUUACCUCGAUUGUAUGAUACUCUUGAUCGGCUACAUGAUUCAGAAGUUCAGAAUUCAAUGGCUGAAUGCAAACAAUUUUUGCUGAGGGAAGGUGAUAUUUUGUAUAUUCCAAGAGGUAUUCUUCAUGAGGCAUGCACUGAAAAUCUUAGUUUUGAUGGAUCUGAUGGCUAUUCCUUACACCUUACACUCGGCAUCGAGGUUGAACCUCCUUUUGAGUGGGAGGGAUUUAUUCAUGUUGCAUUCUUCAGUUGGAACGAGAACCAAAAACAAGCUCAUAAUUCUUUUGAGUCUUCGUCUGGAAUUAUUCAUGAUAUAUGUGUGAAUUUGUUGCAUGCUGCCAUUGGGAUGAUCGGUGAUUCUGAUUCUACCUUUCGGAAGGCUUGCUUGGUUGCUUCAGUUUUUUCGCAAUCACAUACCCUUAAUUGGCUUGAUUUGAAUCAGAGAGUCAUUUUUUGUCAGCUGAUUGACAAAAUUAAUACAGAGUCACACUUCUUGGAAGUGUUCACGAGCAUAGAAUUAGCAGUUCAUAAAAACAAAGAUCCAUUCCAACGAAUUAGAUGGCUUGGAUCUCUGAAUCUGGAGGAGGAAAGCAGCCCAAAUCAUGACCAGUAUAUGCCUUUGAUGGGAAUGAAAAACUUGUUGUCAUUAUGUAUUCAACACAAAGACAAGGUAGAAGCUGCAUUCCAGCAGCUAAGAUCUAGGUUUAGUAGUGAGGUGAUAUUUGAGGAUGCAAUAGAGAGCUAUAAGAUACUGCUAGAGAAAUAUAGGAAGGCCAGAAAGCAAUAUAUGAAUGGAAUGGUUUCACUCCAUUAUGAAUUAUGAGUUACCUCACAUGUUAGCUACCAGCUAUCUGUUCUCAAUUAUAGCUAGUUCCAACUCCGUGAGGACCUGAUGGACAGGAAUGGAUCAGCUACUUCUUGCACAUUGAAAUCUGAUUCAACAUGUUAAUGAACCAGCUUCAUACCAAAUGUAACCAGCUUAUGGUUAAAGUGUCAUCGCCUUCUAUAACUACAGCUGAAAGGGAGAAAAGCUAGAGAAGAGGAACUGAUAUUGUGGGAAGAAAAAUAGAGAACUGCGAUGAGGAAACAUAAGAUGAUGAUGUACAAAGAUUUCAUCAUUUAUACAGCUGAAAUGAAAACUUGCUAUACUUGGAGAGGGAAAAGUUGGAGCACCAAUAUAUAUAGUGCUUUGCAGUGCAAGAGAGAGAGAGAGAGAGAGAGAGAGAGAGAGAAUUAUUGAUGAAGGGACUGGGGAAACAUGUCUGAGCCCAUGCUUGUGAUUCUGCUGCUUAUGAAAAGGAGAGAGGCCAAAAACCAACCCAGAAGAGUGUAGACAGGGCAGGCAGGCAGGUAAAGAGAAAGAAAACUGAAUUCACGUUUGUGUUUCAUAACAAACAAAGCCACUCACGAUUGAAUCAUCAUCCAUGUUUUGUCCUCAUCAAUAACGGCUAUUUUUGGUCAUGUCACUCUUUGCCUCUUGCCCCCACUCUCUCAAUAUUUUGAUUGUUGGAGGCAUCUUUUUUUGCUUUUGUUUUUGUUUUUCAAUAUGCAAUUUCGGAUGGUUUUAUUAUCAAAUCAAUCCCUGGCCCUUGAUGUGGUUUCA